CCCUGUUUCCGGUAACAACUCAUAUAAUCUCACUUCAUUCAUUCAUCCCUCAGAUUCAUCCCUUGUUUCCUCCAGGACUGUGAAACCUUCCAGGACUGAGCCUGACAGACCAGACCGAGGGCAGCAGCUCACCAGCAGGUGGGUGCUUCGCUCUAUUGAUUGAAGCGGUUUGAAAUUCAGCUCAGUCAACAUCAGCUGUUCACACACAAACAUGCACGAGUUGCACGUGACUGUGGUUGUUCUGUGCGUGCUGCUGCUCGAGGCUGGUUCCAGUUGGGGUAAGGAAAACAUCAGCGUCAUGCUGGAACCGCAGGCCGACCGGGUCAUGGCGCUCGGCGAGUGGGAGGAGCGCUGGCAGACGGACAGGAUCGGCUUCCAUCAGCCUCACGUGCACAAGUUGCUGGAGGACAAUGUGGAUAAAGUUCUAGCUGGACGGACAGGAGUUCGCUUCUUCUUCCCUCUUUGUGGGAAAGCAGUGGAUAUGAAGUGGUUAGCAGACAUGGGCCACACGGUGGUCGGGGUGGAGAUCAGUGAAAAAGCUAUAAAACAGUUCUUUGAGGAGAAUAACCUGACGUACAGCGAGGAGCCUGUCGCUGCCGUCCCUGGAGCCAAGGUGUUCAAGAGCUCAGAGAAAAACAUCUCUCUGUAUCAGUGCGACCUGUACAACUUCUCCAGCUCCAUCGAAAGUCAGUUUGGGGCGAUUUGGGACCGAGGAGCUCUGGUGGCCAUCAACCCCAGAGACAGAGAAAAGUAUGCGUCUCUCAUCAUUUCUCUCAUGGCCAACGACUGCAGAUACCUUCUGGACACUUUGCUGUACAAUCCUGAAUUAUACAAAGGUCCUCCGUUUUUAGUGCCUGACGAGCAAGUGCAGAUCUUGUUUGGGAGCUGCUGCGAUGUGGAGCGGCUGCAGUCGGUCGACGCCUUCAUUGACAAACACCGAAGCUGGGGUCUGGACUCCCUGACGGAGAACCUGCACCUCAUCCGUCCAAAGAGCAGCUAGAAACCCACAGAGUAGAAAAGCUGAUCUUUGGCAUUUUAAUGCAAACACAGGUCCCAGGCAUUCAUUUGGUGCUUACAUAUUUUAUCUCUAUAUGAAGGUUUUGAGGGGACACAAAGCUGCAUUGGAAAAUCAUUUAGUAAAGAUUGUAUAACGUAAGGAACAGUAGAUACCUGACAAUAUUCACUUUUUUGUACAUUUAAUAAAACUGUUUUUCUCAAAAAA